AUGAUCACAGGCAUACGUGACUGUUCCUGGUUUAUUCAUGCUUUGGUGAAGAUUCAUGGCAACCAUAGCUACCGGGCAAGGCCUGCUCAUGCUAUCCGACCUCGGUGUAGCUGUUGUUAUAAGGACGGAGGUCAAUUGGCGCAGCGAUAUUCCUCGUGUGACGGCUUUGGGAGAAAACUUCUUUUACCAGGACGUGGUUACUGA